GAAUUCAGAGAGUAUCUACGGGAGAAAAUUAAGAAAAAGAAACUGGACGAGGAAAAAAGGGAGAAGGAGGAGGAGGAAAGGAGAAGGAGGGAGGAGGAUAAUCGGAGGGAGCAGCAGAGGUUGAGGGAGGCCGAGGCGAGAGAGGCAAAACUGCAAGCCAGGUUGGUAAAGCUUCUUGCGCAGCACAAUAAGGCGAACGUACAUGGGAGUGCAUCGGGGACAAAAAAAUCCCCGAGGACCAAGGCAAGAGUGUUGCGAGAGAUAACAAGUUAUUUGGAAGAAUCUAAGGAUGAUAGCGAGGAAGUUAGGGAGGAGGCAGGGAGAUUGGUGUUCGCGAUCGAAAAGAGGAAGGGGAAGAGGAGGGGGGCUGAGGAAGAUGGAAGGUUUUCUAAGAUUCGGAUAGGGAGGAAGCCUAUUAGAGAGGUUCCGGUGAAGAUUGAGGAAGACGAGGAGGUUCGUACUCCUCCUCGGGACGGAWAGGACGAUGAAGGGAAUGGGAUAUUGGACUUCGCGAUGGAACUUCAUCGGCACCUAUCAGAGAAAAAGGUGCCUGAACUGCGCAAGCUAUGUAACCGUGAGGGGAUUGAGUGGUCGAAAGGAGAUACUGCUAUCGGCGAAUCGGUGAAAUGUAAGRCUAAGCUUGCGUACGAAACGUCCUUSAUUAGGAGAAGUAAUGGACAUGUGAAGGUGAGACUUGACGAGGUGAGGGGUAUGCCCAGGUUUGUAUGGAACUCCAGGAAUGUGUCAAGGAGCGAAGACUUGUCUCCGCUGAAGUUGGCAGGAUGCAUCUCCGAGGGAGUGAGAGAAUGGGUGAAACAAGAAGGCGAUUUGUACGUUCUGGGACGGGUGAUGAGGUGCUUCAAGCAGGGAGGGGAAGUUGUGAUCGGAGGGAUGACUGAUAAUGAGGUGAGGCGAGGGAUUACUGAUAAAGAGGUGAGGCGAGCGAUGUCUGAUUACGCCAAUCUGGUUGCCGUGCCAAUCGAUCGGAACCCGGGUGCAACCCUGUUGAUCUGCCCCAUUGCAUAUCAUCAGGCGUGUUCAGACGUUUCGAGGGAAUCCCAGUUUUCGGAUGAUGCACGAUACCGAGGCGUCCAAGGGGUCCGUGUCAACUUUAUGGGGAAGCUGUGUACCAUGAUGAAGAAGGUGAGGAAGGAGGAAGGGUUUGCCACCCUGUCCUUUGACGUGAUUCGGAGAGAAGUGGAGUUUGAGUUGAGCAACUCAUUUGUAAGACGCACGGGGAGUAUACUAAAGCAAGGAAUGGGCAUUCCCAUGGGAAGAAACUCCAGUCCUGCUGUACCAUGCCUCGUCUGUGCUCGAGCUGAAUCAAGGUUCGUAAAAAAUAUAUACCAGGAAGGGGUGUUGAUGAAGGGAAUGAGGAUGAUUGAUGACGUGGUAGUGUUGGCCGCUUUUUCCCGUACGCAGGUGGGAUCGUUCCGGAGGGUGAUCGGUGUGUUGGAUCUGUUUGAGUCGUGCUAUGACGAGAAUCUUAAAUUGAUUCGGAAGGACGAAGGUGGCAAUGCGUUUGACUUCCUUGGGAACCGGAUGAUCGUCGAGGUUGAUCUCGUUCAGAUUCACAUUUUCCCUCGUACUCGGAAUCAGCAAUCCUUGUCCGAUGGUGGGGGGUUGAAGGUACAGUCGAUCCAGGACUUCGCCUCGUAUACAAAAAAGAGUACCAAGAAAGCGGCGAUUUUUGCCAAUCUUGUAAGAAUGAGUAGACUGUCCACGUCCGACGAAGCAUUGAAAGCGGCAAUCGUAGCUCUUAUGCUUGAAACUCGCCUCUGGGGGUACCCCCAGGAGGUCUCUCUUAGGGCCCUAGCAAAGUUUGCUAGGAUUUCUGGCGGUCCGUGGAGAGUUUAUCUCUCUCACGAGUACGCCGGAAUGAUGAAUUUCUGAUUGAAGCUGAGAAGAAAAAAAGAGGAGAGGGAAGGAGGCGUAGUAGCGGGUGUUCGCUCGUGUAUACUAAUCGUUGUGCCUGUGUG